CCGGCUGUCAGCGCCCGGGCCUCGCAGGUAGAGACGCCCCCUCCCGCGGUUCGCGGGGCCGGGGAGGAGGGGCUGGGCUCCGAGCGCCCGCCCCUCCAUCUAUCACAUGGCCGGAGAGUCACAAAAACAACAGCUUUGGCCAAGACCGUGACUUCAGGAAGGGAGUCCAGGGCCCUCGCCGCCAGCCCCCUCCCCAUGGAGGACAGUUUUUUGGAAUCGUUCGGGAGGCUGAGCCUCCAACAGCGGCAGCAGCAACCGCCUCCUCGGCCGCUGCCCGCGCGGGGGCCACCUCCGCGCCGCCACAGCUUUAGAAAACACCUCUACCUCCUGCGCGGCCUCCCGGGUUCGGGAAAAACCACGCUGGCCAGACAGCUGCAGCGCGACUACCCCAGAGCCCUGAUUUUCAGCACGGAUGACUUUUUCUUCAGGGAAGAUGGCACCUAUGAGUUCAACCCCAUCUUCUUGGAGGAAGCUCAUGAAUGGAACCAGAAAAGAGCCAGGAAAGCAAUGCGGAGUGGCACAUCCCCCAUCAUUAUUGAUAACACCAACCUGCACGCCUGGGAAAUGAAGCCCUAUGCAGUCAUGGCACUUGAGAAUAACUAUGAAGUUAUAUUCCGAGAACCCGACACUCGCUGGAAAUUCAACGUUCAAGAGUUAGCAAGAAGAAACAUCCAUGGGGUCCCAAAAGAAAAAAUACAGCGAAUGAAAGAACGGUAUGAACACAAUGUUACCUUUCACAGUGUCCUUCACGCAGAAAAGCCAAGCAGAGCGAACAGAAACCAGGACAGGGACAGCGCACCGUCCGGUGGCUCCGGGUACUGGAACACCUCCUCAGAGCUCCCCAACCAAAGGGCUCGGGGCAACUCCUCCAACGAGAGCUACAGAAGGGGCGGCUACCACCACGGAUAUUAACAGCCUGUGCACAGCCACUGCAGAAUUUUCCUAGAGAAAGUUUCUACUUCAACUUUUGGUAUUUAUUCUUUGUUCGAU